AUGAAGCUUGCCGAGGCCUGGUCAUUAGUGACGAGAGACGACGACAACAAGCCCACUAGUAACGUGCUGACUUACGGUGUGCCAGCCGCCAUUACAUGCGUCAUCGUGGUGGUCGCUGUUUCCGUCUGUAUUUUUCUUCAUUUCAGAGGCCGGAAAAGGCUGCUGCGUGAUGACCCCAACGAUAUACCCAUAUCGUCAAGGCAGCGGAAUUUUGCGCCAGCACAGACCCACCGAACAAUGGACAGCCCGUACGAGCAUCGGCCACCCAUGAACGAUGGUCCGUAUGCACGCGGAGCCUCUUCUGCGGGGCACGAGCUGGGGCCGACGAAGGUUGACGCGUUUGACGAUCUCUAUGAGCUCCCGUCUUACCAAAGCUCUCAGGCGACACUCAAAUAUCCGGAAACCGAUGAGCGUAAUUUGACGGGGAACGACAAACCCACCUCAUUUCGCUAA